GCUGUCAUAUUUCUGCCAGGAAGUUGAUUCGGCUCUCUGUGAUGUGAUUGGUUGCUAAGUGCUUGCGUGUCAAGCCAGCCCGCUACUUCCCGGAAGGAGGAAGCGGCUGCCGGAGCUCGGCACGGGUUGUGAAGGAUCAGAGCUAUUGGUAAUACCGGGCUGAGCCAGCUGGGAGAGGACAGUCAGCGCCUGAGAGAAGGGACGGGGGCCUCGUAUUCAUAAAGGAGGAGUGUGGUGGUCGGGUGUUCCAGCAGUCCGGUGUGCCUGGUAGCGGGUGUCAGGAUGUUGCCGCUCUCUAUAAAGGACGAUGAAUAUAAGCCGCCCAAAUACAACGUGCCCCGGAAAGUGUCCGGCUGGAUCAGGUCCAUCUUCUCUGAUUCUACAUCAAGAAAUUUAUUCGGCUUUCUUUGCUUGAAUUUAUCCUUUGCUUUUGUGGAACUCUUUUAUGGAAUAUGGAGCAACAGCUUAGGCCUGAUCUCAGAUUCCUUCCAUAUGUUUUUCGACUGUACAGCAUUGUUAGCUGGACUAGCUGCUUCUGUAAUAUCCAGGUGGAAAACAAAUGAAGCUUUCUCAUAUGGAUACGUCCGGGCAGAGGUCCUGGCAGGUUUUGUGAAUGGUCUGUUCCUGAUCUUCACAGCAUUUUUCAUCUUCUCAGAAGGAGUGGAGCGAGCUUUGGAUACCCCAGAAGUCCAUCAUGAAAGGCUGCUUCCAGUGUCUGUCCUUGGAUUCUUAGUAAAUCUCGUUGGCAUAUUUGUAUUCCAACAUGGUGGAAAUCACCAUGGCCAUUCACAUGAAGGAGGCCACGGACACAGCCAUUCAUCAUUUAAUGGCUCCUUAAGCCAUGGACACAGCCAUAGUGGGGGACAUGGGCAUAGUCAUGAUCACAGCCAUGGAGGUGGGCAUGGGCAUGAACAUGGACAUGAGCAUGGGCAUAGCCAAAAACAUGGGCACCAUUUUGGCUCUUCUGAUGAACCUCCUGAGGAGCCUAGAGGGUCUAGCAAGCAGAUUUUGGAUGGUGUAUUUUUGCACAUUGUUGCAGACGCUCUGGGCAGCGUAGGGGUGAUUAUCUCUACACUUCUAAUGCAGCACUACGGGUGGAUGAUUGCAGACCCUAUUUGCUCCAUGCUUAUUGCCUUGCUCAUUUUCGUCAGUGUUAUACCUUUACUCAAACAGUCGAUUGGUAUCCUGAUGCAAAGAACUCCUACUGUUUUGGAUCAUGUACUUCCUGAGUGUUACCAGAGGGUGCAACAGUUACAGGGUGUUUACCACCUUCAUGACCCACAUUUCUGGACGCUCUGCACAGACGUUUAUGUUGGUACUCUGAAGCUGGUAGUGGGACCUGAGGCUGAUACCCGCUGGAUUCUCAGUCAAACUCAUAAUAUUUUCACACAGGCUGGCGUCAGGCAGUUGUAUGUACAGAUAGACUCCGCAGCAAUGUGAACCCUCAGCUGACCUCAUAUCGGACCAAAGUGUGGACGUGAACACUAGGACCUGAGCUCCUACUCUGAUGAAGCCACUGCAGCAAUGCACCAAUGGGACCAAGCCUCACUCACCUGCUUCUGGGCAGAGAGGGUCUCCCACUUGUGCCACAUCUCCUUCAAUUGCAAAUGUACUUUUAUACAGCGUAAUGGACUGCAUAUCGGAUGUUGCCUUUUAACACUGUCCAAGAAACCCGGUGCCUCUUAUCAAGUCAUGAUGUGCUGUUGAGCUGUAUUCAGUAUAGCCAUUCUGCCAGUCACACUAUCAGAUAUACAUAUAUGCACCUUAGGUCUAUUGACUCUCUAUCCAUGAUUUGACUUGAACUGAAACCAAAAGCAUGCAGCAUCUCUGGCGGUGGACAUGGAGGGCAAUAUCGGUGUUCCUUAUGAAAUGCAGCAUCCGUAUACAAACUGUUAUAACUUGCUCAACUCUAAUCAAUGCCAGGGAAGGCAGUCAAAUGCACUGUGUGAAUACAGUGCAAAGUUUGGCAAACCUGUUUAUAAAAAAAAAAAACCUGACCUCUUCAUUGCUUAUUGUAAAGAACAGGGAAAUAAUUUACUCUUCAGUCUACUUGUAGAUCUCUGUGGACAGUGUUAUAAUUAGCUAAACCAGCAAGACUGCCAGUGAGCAAAGUGACUAUGCCAGUUACAGCCCCCACCCAGAAACGGGAUAGUAGAGCUAUAACCCAAGUGCCUUCCCCUAACAUUUGGGAGACCUAUUGCCCCAUAGCACAACGGGACAUGCGUUAUGCUAUAUCUUGAUGUCAUCUUGGUUGUAUCCUGCAUUCUAUCUGGGACAUAUCUCUGUGGACUAUAUUUUUAUUGCCGCAUCACAGAAAAGCUGGAUGUAAGAAAAAAACACAAUAUAAAAUAUUUCAACUGGUACACUGAUGCACUUGAUCAUUUAGUAAGUGGCGUCCAAUAGUCUGCCCUAACCAGGCUUGCUUCCAUAAAUGCCUUUUUAUUAUGUGACUUUUUAUGUGCAGGAACGAACGUUCUGUUGCUGUGCAGGCUAUACUGUGAUCAUGGAAAGCUUGGAAUCUCCUGCAUUCAUCUCUUAUUCCAGGAUAUCUGACUUUCUUCAAGGAGGAAUUUCCUUCAUGCUCGGCACAAGGGCUAAAGAAAAUACACAGAAUUUUAAAGUACAAAUGUGCAAAGUAACUCUGCUUUAGAGCGACCAGUCCCCACAAUUGUUACGGUUUUUAAUUAAAAAUAAUUUGGAUUAUGAAUACAUGGAUAACUCGGGGAAAUUGUCCAGUGCACAAUCUUUGGAAGAUACUUUUAUCCAUGGUGCCAUGUUUUUUUUUUUUAGCAAUCCCCUCUUUAUAAGGGAACUGUGGGCAUAUGGAGCAAGCAAUCCAUAACUAAGAUGUGCAAUUUUUUAUUUAUUUUUUUGAUCAUUAAUAUGAAGCAUUUGAAGAUUGGGUUCACUUAAAGUAAAACGAUAGACAAAACUCUUUAUUUUAUUUUUCAUUUUGGGUAGAGUAAGGGAGGAUUUUAACUGUCAGGUGUUUGUUUUUAUUCUUGUCCCCAUCUGUGUCUCAUUGGGGAAAUUUGCCUUCACUUCCUUUACAAUAGCCAAAGCAGGAAGUGAGGAAAUCCAUACAAACUAGGGGAAUCCAUUGAAUUUGCAAACUCACCAGAAUUGGUGUCCAUAUUGGCAGAUUUCCCCUCUAUUAUUUUUCUGGGGACAUCCCAAAAUGUUAUAUUCUCUUAUUUUCACCUUCAAUUAUAAUUGUAAACAGUACAAAUGAAGAGGCUGAAUCUCCCUAAUGGUAGCACAGAAGGCCAUAGAGACCUAGUGGGUGUUCUAAUCCCUCUCCACUCUGUGCAAAACAAAAGAAGUGUUUCCUCAAAUAAACUUUUAAUGCGGGCUAGUCUUUUUUAGUGAGUUUUUCCUUCCAGAGUUCCUAUCCCCAGUAUUUCUUCAUGAAGUGUAGACAUUUGGUUCAUAUGUCUAUAUUGUCUGUAUUCUAAUGCAUCAGGAUAGCUAUGGCAGGUGCACUAAGUUAAUGCAAGUUUGAGGAUCUGGACUUAAAAUAACCACUUGUCAGUUAUUACAACUUGCCCAUAAUAUCACUUUGCAUGGAAUGACAAGUUAGUUUUACCUCCAUACGGUUAUCUUUUUGUAGUUGAAAUAUUCUUUAUGUCCAAUUGAUGACUCCAUCUCCUAUUCAAUACUGUACGUGUCCCACAUAGUAUUAAAAACUUUUCUAGUUGAGCUCCAUUUACCUUAUGGGAAACUGGAAAGGAACUUGGCACAACUCAGCGCAAACACCUAAAACCCUGAUGUGUUUGAUUAUUAUAUAAUGUGUAGUAACUCAUACCAACAGCUUUUUUCAGCCAGAAUGUGGUUCCAUCCCCUGCUCCUUGCUCACCACUGUCACUUGUAAACACUGAAGCCUUCUGUGUUUUCAAGGACAACGUUCCUCUCGGUUCUCACAGAUCCCUGCUUGCUGCGCACUCAAGGCGGGAACAAGGGAGAUGUAGAGGCAGCGUGGGAUGGGGCAUAACAUAGUAAAGUGCACUGUGAUCCCCAUCUGUGCUCGGGCACACAGAGGACGAUUUUUCCUGCAGGUGAGAAAGGCAGAGCGGCCUACAUGGCUGGAAGGUACUAGAGUCAUGCCUGGUAGGUGAGAUGCAAGAAAGAUUUUGGGCGGGGUAGAGAUGAGGGCUGUGGAGGGGUGGAAAUGAGAUGUGAAAGAGAGCUGAACCCUCUACUCUGUAUGUAGCGCACUCCUCAAUGCGUCACUCUGUACACGCCCCACCCCUGAACUUUGUACGUAGCAUACCCCUGAACUUUGCACAUAAAGCAACCCUGGUAUUUAUUGCAUCUUUAAGAUCCUCCCACUGUUGGUGCAAUUUGGCCAUACCCACUGUUUAAUGCUGUUUGAUGGCAAGGGGGUUGCUUGGUCAAUUUCUUGCACCUAUUCUUUGUGGGGGUGCCCAUUAUAAGUUUUUAUAUAGCGUUACAGAUACAGCCGAAACUUUGAGGGCACCUUUAAUGCUGAUGUGGCCCGUGAUGAAAGUUUUUUGUACCCUCUUUUCUAAGGUAUAGUAAACAUUUGCCAUAGUACUAGUUUGUUGUGUUUUGGAAAAUACUACAUGAAUUCUAUCUUCGUGAAUUGACCCCACUAUGUUUUUGGUAUUGGCUGUUAGCCAUGUACCAAAAAUCACGGUCAUAUGCUCUUAUCUGCAGUUCCAACUUUGGGGGGGAGGGGGAGCUUACUUUAGCUGGUUACAGUUCCAGAAAUCCUAAAAUUCCAUACCAAUGCAAGCAUCAAGAUUUUAACUUCAGGCUGGGUUUUCAUGUUUCAGUCUAUCUACGGUGAUUGAUGGGAUUAGUGUACUGAAGAAGCUAAAUGCCAUCUUGUGAUCAGAUUGCCUGUUGGCUUGUUUUCCCUAUCUAAUUUACUUAAGGCCAGGUUGAGUGUACAAAAACAAUCCAUGGUUUUUGGAGCAGGGCAAAUUGUAUCUUUCUGACUUCAAAAUUAAAUAAAAAGAAUCCGUACUCUUUUACAA